UGCACACAGAGUUUGCUGAGCAUUGUUACGAUUUUGAAUAUCUUGAAUUCUAAUCCACAUAUUUUUCGAGGUUUUUAUCACAUUGACACUUUUGGAUAAUUCUUGAAGAAUCGUCAACAUAUACGUGAUGCAUCCGUUGAUCCCUCUUCUUGUGGCCAUUCUGGCUGUCACCGCGCCAACACAUUCUGCUGCACAAGAGUUGGAAUCAAAGCUUUGUGAAUGUCCAAAACCGCAACAUCGCCGGAUGUUCACUCUUUCGAUCUAUCCAACGAAAGAGAAAUGCCUCGAGUUCGGAUACCGCAUCAAAGAAUCCGCUGACAGAAACCUGACAGUGGCCUUGAAGAUAGGUGGCGUCAUAGGAGCCCCGAUCUGGUCAGCAGUUCGCGGCAGUGGAGAAGGCUGGAACAAUGCGACAGUUGAUAUAACUGAAAGGAAGCAGCAGUACAUGAUUGCGUUUGAGGGUGUUCGACAUGCUGAUCGAAAGGGUCGUGUCGCCAUCAGAAACUUGAUAAUCCAUGACGGCGCUUGUUCCGGAGAUGAAGUCAAAACUACGGUGAUACCUACACUAAAGCCUACAUUGAAGCCUUCGAUGAAACCUACAGUAAAGCCUACAUUGCAGCCUACCGAGAAACCUACAGUAAAGCCUACAUUGCAGCCUACGGUGAAACCUACAGACGGGGAAAUUGGACCCGCUUAUGAUGGAUGUGUAUAUGAUCCACCCGUCAACGGUAUCACUUUCGGUCUUGAACUGCCAGCGGGUUUCCCAGCGUUUGCAGCUAAAAAUAUGCUGAUUUACAAACGAGACACAACACUAAGUGAGUGUGCAGCUGAGUGUACCGAAUCGAAUUGCCCCGCCUUCUCCUUUAAUACCAACAGCAACAUAUGCAUAAGCUUGCCGCCCUCCAGCAAUGGACAGUUUGUUGUGAGCAAACCAUCACCCGAAAGUGUUGCCAUCUUCACAGACUGCCAGGACAUUGAAGAAUGUAGAGAUUCCCCGUGCAAGAAUGCAGGAACCUGUGUUAAUGCUAAUGGUUCUGUAUCAAGAUACUGUAUCUGUCGAUACGGGUGGACGGGAGACGUGUGUGAAAUGCGUGAUUCGUCUAAACGCAAGGUAAAUAUAGAGUAGUCCGUAAUAGAUACUAUAUCGAAGCAAUGAGCAGCUGAAAAGAGUCUAUUAAGGAACAUCUUCUACGGAAGUAUUUGCACAACCAUUCCGACCUGACACGAGUGUACUGUGACGUAGUAUAUCGAAGACGAGUAACCUUAUCAUGAAGGUGAGGUUGGCAACAUCAAUCGACGGGUUACGAGCAAUUUCAUUGGCCAACCAUUCCGCAUGAAUGUGCGCGUGGCAAAAUAUGAAGGAUACAUUGACCGACAACGCGGACAUGGCGGUAUAUUGCGCAACAUACAACCGACGGCAGCUCUCUUUUUGCAUUAAUAAUUUGUGUUGUAACAUAAUACAUGUACUCAGAAUAAAACAGUCA